UUCCCCCACAGCCGCCCCCCCCCCCUGGUGCCCCCCGGUGCCCCCCGGUGCCCGGUCCCCGCCGCCAUGAGCGAGCUGAAGGACUGCCCGCUGCAGUUCCACGACUUCAAGUCGGUGGACCACGUGAAGGUGUGCCCCCGGUACACGGCCGUGCUGGCCCGCUCGGAGGACGACGGCAUCGGCAUCGAGGAGCUGGACACGCUGCAGCUGGAGCUGGAGACGCUCCUCUCCUCCGCCAGCCGCCGCCUCCGCGUCCUGGAGGCCGAGACCCAGAUCCUGACGGACUGGCAGGACAAGAAGGGUGACCGGCGGUUCCUGAAGCUGAGCAAGGACCAUGAUGUGGGCACCUCUGUCAAACACGGGAAGCCCAAGAAGCAGAAGCUGGAGGGCAAAGGAGGCCACGGGACAGGGCCCGGCCCCGGCCGGCCCAAGUCCAAGAACCUGCAGCCCAAGAUCCAGGAAUACGAGUUCCAGGAUGAUCCCAUUGAUGUACCCCGCAUUCCCAAAAAUGAUGCUCCGAACAGGUUCUGGGCAUCGGUGGAGCCGUACUGUGCCGAUCUCACCAACGAGGAGGUCAGAGUCCUGGAGGAGCUGCUUAAGCCACCGGAGGAUGAGGCCGAGCAUUACAAGAUCCCGCCCCUGGGGAAGCAUUACUCCCAGCGCUGGGCCCAGGAGGACCUGUUGGAGGAGCAGAAAGAUGGAGCCCGGGCGGCGGCAGCUGCCGACAAGAAAAAAGGCGUCCUGGGGCCGCUGACCGAGCUGGACACCAAAGACGUUGAUGCCCUGCUGAAGAAGUCGGAGGCCCAGCACGAGCAGCCGGAGGAUGGGUGUCCCUUCGGGCCCCUGACGCAGCGUCUCCUGCAGGCCCUCGUGGAGGAGAACAUCAUUUCCCCUGUUGAGGACUCCCCCAUCCCUGAGAUCGCCGGCAAGGACUCGGGAGCCGAUGGUGCCGGCACAUCUCCCCGCAGCCAGAACAAGCCCUUCAGCGUCCCCCACACCAAGUCACUGGAGGGGCGGAUCAAGGAGGAGCUGGUGGCCCAGGGCCUUCUGGAGUCGGAGGACCGGCCGGCCGAGGACUCGGAGGACGAGGUGCUGGCCGAGCUGCGCAAGAGGCAGGCCGAGCUGAAGGCCCUCAGCGCGCACAACCGCGCCAAGAAGCACGAGCUGCUGCGGCUGGCCAAGGAGGAGCUGCACCGGCAGGAGCUGCGGCAGCGCGUCCGCAUGGCCGACAACGAGGUGAUGGACGCCUUCCGCAAGAUCAUGGCCGCCCGGCAGAAGAAGCGCACGCCCACCAAGAAGGAGAAGGACCAGGCCUGGAAGACCCUGAAGGAGCGGGAGAGCAUCCUCAAGCUGCUGGACGGGUAGCGGGGGCCGAGGACCCCCCCCUCUGCCGUGGACCUCAGCAGCUGGGGGUGGCGGCCAUGCCCCUGUCACCCGCAGGUUGCCGGCAUGCCCGCACCCUGCCUGCGCUCACCCUGCCGGUGCGGGACGGGGGUGUCGUGGCCCCCCCACACGCCCAGGGCCUGCUUAGCCUUCCCACCCGGGUGACGCGUCCCAGUUGCUGUCCCCUCCCUGCACGGGGCUGUCACUGACCCAGUCUGGGGACCCUGUGGAGAAUGGCCCCCCCCCCGGCCAGCGGCUUCCGCUCCUGCCUCCACCACCCCGCCCCGCCGCGAUCCCCCAGUUAUUCUGGGAGGGUGACAUCAGCCAGGCCACUGCGGGGGGCGGAUGUAGUGGUUGCUGCGGUGUGGCUCCCACGGUUCCCUGUCCCUCCCCACGGCCCCGGGGCGGGGGGGGGGAUCCCGGCCCCCCCCCGGGGGGGGGGGGGGGGGGCGGCGGCCGGGCUCUCCCAUGUACCGCUGGUUUCCGCUGCCGUGCGCGGGCAAUAAAGGCAGCCCGGUGCAGGCGAUGGU